UUCACGGUCCCACUUUCUGAACUCAUGCAGCGAUCUCCGGCACUUGCCCCCGCCUCACGGGUCUAGGACAAAUUGAUAGUGCGCGGAAGGUGUUCGACCAAAUGCUUCACAAGCCUGUUGCAUCAUGGAAUAGCAGGCCCCAUCAAUGAACUAUUUCGGAACGAUGCUCAGGUAAGAGGAAAAAACCACGCAUCAGCUGAAAGAGAGAGGAAAGAGGUUCCAACUUUUACGGUCUUGGAACUUCGUGUUGCAGAUUCAUGUGCGGACGAAGUUCGUAAUGGUCCCGCGGCGUGCUUUCUGUACUCAUGCAGCGAUCUCCGGCACUACCCACAUCGCCCGCCUCGCGCGUCUAGGACAAAUUGAUAAUGCGCGGAGGGUGUUCGACCAAAUGCUUCACAAGCCUGUUGCGUCAUGGAACGCGGUCAUUGCCGGGUAUUUCCAGAACAGCAGGCCCCAUGAAGCGCGGAUGCUGUUUGAUAGGAUGCCUGAGAGGAACACGGUCUCGUGGAAUGGGUUGGUUUCUGGUUACGUUAGGAAUGGGAUGAUCGAUGAAGCCAGAAAGGCAUUUGAUGUAAUGCCCGAGCGCAAUGUUGUCUCGUGGACGGCAAUGGUGAGGGGGUAUGUGCAGGACGGGAUGAUAUCCGCGGCAGAAUUGCUCUUUUAGCAAAUGCCUGAGAAGAAUGUUGUAUCGUGGACUGUGAUGUUGGGGGGCUUGAUUCAAGAUGGUAGGAUUGAUGAGGCCCGUCGGCUCUUUGAUAUGAUGCCUGUCAAGGAUGUCGUUGCUAGGACUAAUAUGAUUGGAGGGUACUGUCAGGGAGGACGACUCAAUGAAGCAAGGGAAAUUUUUGAUGAGAUGCCGCAUAGGAAUUUGAUCUGCUGGACGGCCAUGAUCACUGGGUAUGCGCAGAAUAAUCGGGUGGACAUUGCUAGGAAGCUUUUCGAAGUGAUGCCAGAAAAGAACGAGGUGUCCUGGACAGCAAUGCUGAUGGGCUAUACCCAGUGUGGGCGGAUAGAGGAGGCCUCAGAAAUUUUCGAUGCGAUGCCAAUGAAGUCAGUUGUUGCCUGUACUGCAAUGAUCCUUGGAUUUGGCCAGAGUGGGGAGGUAGUUAAAGCAAGGCGGGUAUUUGAUAUGACGAGAGAGAAGGAUGAUGGAACUUGGAGUGCAAUGAUCAAGGUUUAUGAGAGGAAAGGGUUAGAGUUGGAAGCAUUGGACUUGUUUGCUAUGAUGCAGAGAGAGGGGGUCAGACCAAGCUUUCCUUCCUUGAUUAGUAUCCUAUCUGUUUGUGCCAGCUUGGCAUGUCUUGAUCAAGGAAGACAGGUUCAUGCCCAGUUGAUAAGGUCCCACUUUGACUUUGAUGUGUAUGUUACCUCAGUUCUCAUCACAAUGUAUAUUAAGUGUGGAAACCUUGUAAGAGCAAAACUGGUGUUUGAUCGGUUUGGUGUUAAGGAUGUGGUCAUGUGGAAUUCUAUCAUUACAGGUUAUGCACAACAUGGUUUAGGAGAAGAGGCUUUGAGAGUAUUUCAAGGGAUGUGCUCUUCAAUGACUCCACCAGAUGAAGUUACCUUUGUGGGAGUUCUCUCAGCAUGUAGCUACACUGGGAAGGUAAAUGAAGGGCUAGAGAUUUUUGAUUCAAUGAAGAUCAAAUAUCUAGUGGAGCCGCAGACUGAACAUUAUGCUUGCUUGGUUGAUUUGCUUGGCCGGGCUGGCAGGUUAAAUGAGGCCAUGAAUCUAAUAAGGGGGAUGCCAGUGGAAGCUGAUGCUGUAGUUUGGGGUGCCUUGCUAGGUGCCUGCAGGACAUAUAUGAACUUGGAUUUGGCAGAAGUUGCAGCAAAGAAACUUUUAGAACUGGAGCCUGAGAAUGCUGGACCCUACAUCUUGUUAUCAAAUCUUUAUGCAUCAAAAGGUAAGUGGACUGAUGUUGCAGAUUUAAGGAGAAAAAUGAGGUCGAGGAGUGUAAGCAAGUCACCUGGCUGUAGCUGGAUUGAAGUAGAAAAGAAAGUACAUAUGUUUACUGGAGGCGACUCUAGGAGCCAUCCCGAACAUGUUGGUAUCUUGAGAAUGCUGGAGAAAUUGGGUGUGUUGUUGAGACAGGCGGGUUAUUCUCCAGAUGGUAGCUUUGUGCUUCAUGACAUUGAUGAGGAAGAAAAAGUGCAUAGCUUAAGAUAUCACAGUGAAAAACUUGCUGUAGCUUUUGGGCUUUUGAAGAUACCAGAAGGCAUGCCUAUCCGAGUAAUGAAGAAUCUUCGAGUUUGUGGUGACUGUCAUUCUGCAAUCAAAUUAAUUGCUAAAGUCACCGGAAGAGAGAUAAUCCUGCGGGAUGCUAACAGAUUUCACCAUUUCAAGGAUGGCUCCUGUUCCUGCAAGGACUAUUGGUGAUGACUCUUAAUGUUGAUGCUACUAGGAGAGAAUCAGACCCAAGCUAAAGUUUACUACGUAUCCUGGCUCAUUCAACUGAAGAUGAGAUAAGGCAAUCCAUCUUUGCUCUAAAAUUUGAGCAUGCUAGGUGCCAACUUCUAGUGACUUGAAAAAUUUGAAGAUGAAUUGGCUAGAUGCAAGGAUUGAUUGGAGAACUAUACUGGCCUCAACCAACAGAAGGAAAAAGGUGAACAGUCAUGGAAUCAAGGUCUCAUAUUGGGUGUCUAAGCUUUAAGCAAAUAAACUUUAUCGCCAGCAAAGGGUAUCCAAAUUGGGGAAGCUAGAGUUUGCACUGUCUGCUCCGGUUCUACUUUGGCAUGGCGGUUUUGCCCCAGAAACUAACAUGACACCUCCCACAUCUUUCUAGACUUUUUAAGUGUUACUACUCUCAUGUUGUUACUUGUUGAUGAACCGCCGCCGGGGUGUUGUGGAAGUAUCAGUUGCAACAAU